UCGUGAUUUGCGAUAAUGAAAAUGACAACAACAUCUUCAGGAAUAGUGGAUCAGUUAUGCUCAUGUAAUAACUGUAGAAUACCUGACGAUGUUUAAAUGCUGGUUUUGAUAUUCACACAAUUCCGCGAUAGGCGGGGAAGAAAUGGCAUUAAUAAAUUUAUUGUGAAUAUUUAAUAUUACAUGUAGAUCUAUGUUUUGUUAACCUAAACCAAAGUUACCUAAAAAUCUCUGUGACGGCGGACACUGUGAGGUGGUAGCCUAUCAAGUUGGAUUUUGGAUGUUUUUAGAACUAUUAGAUCUAUAGCUUUAGUAUUAAAUAAAAAAAUGAAUUUGAAUGGACAAGGAUGGAUAUAUUUUAUUUUACUGGCAUUUCCUAGUAUUGGAGCAAUACAGGGAACACAUGAUAAUGUGGACUCUGUAACUGUACCUUCUGUGAAAACGACUACAGUGUUUACUAUGCCAACCUUUUCACCCAGUGAAAAACUGAAUUUUACUUUAAAGCUAUCAAAUUCUGGACCUGCCUGUUUGGAUUCUCAAAUUAUCUUCAAUGCUUCCCUGUUGGAUCAUCAAGGUCGCACCGUUCAAUCAAAGUUUUUCCAUUAUCAGUGGUUUAAUAAUGCAAACCAGUCUUAUGAAGUUUCCAAAGGUCAAUAUCAGGCUGCAAUAAUAAAGACAUUCGAGAGUGAUAGUGUAGUUGCUGGACAGUAUUUAAUGAGCGUUGCUGUUUAUGGAGACCAGGAUUCUAAGAAGAAAGUGAUAGCACAUUCAAGUACAACGUUUAUUUUAACAGAAAGUUUAAAUGGUGAUUUACAAGUAAACCAGAGUCUUCCUUUUCAAAGAAACAAGACUGUAUUUGCAACAGAUCAUCCCAUUGUUUUAAAACUGAAUAUGAAAGAUAAAUUUGAUAAGAAGAGAUAUAGAUUUAAUUUUGUAUGGUACAAGAAUAACAAAUUGAUGAAAGCUACAUCGAAACCAGAAUGCACAUUUCAGAUACCUGAAAAGGGUUCUUACAAAAUUGAGGCCAACGCAUUUGCAUAUUCCAAUGUUAAAACAAUGGACAGAAUAAAUUAUCCAGAAGUUCUUUCAGAUUUGUUAUUAGUGGUUAACAGAUGUAAACAACCUAAUUCAUCCGCAGACAAAUGUAAACGUUUUACUCAGAAUAUUACUACUAUAGAAAGACUGACUGUCUUAGACAUUGAAGGUGGAACAAGUGUAGCAGUUAAGGAUGUCAUCAAGCUUAAUGUUAGCUGUUUGGGAAGUUCACCAACAGGAGUUUGUUGGAAUGCAACAGCAUUAAACAGAACACACAUGAAUGACAAUGUGACCUGCACACCAACUGUCUUCAGCAAUACAAGUUGUUUCCAUCAGAUAUUAGUACGACCAAAACAAAGGGGUUGGCAUGAUGUUGGUAUUGCGGUUUAUAAUGAUAUAAGCUACAUGCAUGGAAAUUAUUUUGUAUAUGCAUAUGAUUCAGAUUCAUCUGGCUCUUCAGUGGUAACCAUACCACUAGUAUUUAGUUUGUUAGCGGCUGUAAUUGUUAUUAUUGGUGGUGUCUACCUCUGGAAAUUGAAGAAAAAGCCCUACAUUGAGGUGGCUGAUUUUGAAUUUCAUCCUUCCAUAGAGAGAAAUGGAAGCUAUGUUGUUUUUGCAAAUUUUUUGGUGAGGGUCAAACAAUUUCUUAAAAGGAGCCCAAUAAAAAGGUUAUCUGUUCAAAGUGAAAACUCAUUCCAACAAACAUCCCAGAAUUCAAAUUCUGGUCAAGCUUUGUAUGACAGUCUCUAAAAUUAUUAUAAGACAAAAAUAAGCAAGUGAUGUGUGCAUAGGUUGUUUUUUUUUGAGAUUUAAAUUUAUUUAAAUAUUGUUCAUAUUUUAUUAACUGUUAUGGAUCUGCGAUUGAAUGUCUUAAACCAAUAAAGCUGAAGAAAAGUAUUA